AAGAGGGUGGGGGCCAUGCAGCAUUAGUGCCCCCAACCACAUCCUUUUCCUCCGUCCCCAUCACCACGUCCACCACACCCACCCGGCCUUUUCUUCUUUUGCUUGCUUCCUUCCUUUCCCAAAUACUCACCAUCAAACAGAGCCCACACGUUUCUCUUCUUCUCCCUUUGUUUCCCUCUCUAUUUCCCUUUUCCUUUUCCUUCCUUUAUUGGCCCUGCUCCUCUUAAACCCCCUUGUCCUCUUCUCUAUAAUCUGCUGCCUUCCUCUUAAUUCUUUUUCUUUGAAAAUCUUUUCUGGGUCUAGGAGCUUCUACAGGCUACAAAGAUUUCAAUGCAGGGUGUUGGUGGAGUGGUGUCUGGAGGAGGAGGAGGAGGGUCUAUUACGAGUGGUGUGUCGAUGUCCACGGUGUCGAAGGAUGACAACCUGGUCUUGUCGUCUGAGGAUUCUUCUUCUUGCCUGGAAGAGUCUGAGCUUGAGCUGGGUCUUGGAUUGAGUCUUGGUGGUGGUUCUUGUAAGGCCCAACAAGGUCCAAGGGGUGGUCAAUAUGCUCGGUUUUUGACGGCCAAGGAUUUUCCUUACGUGGGUUCUUCGUCUUCAGCUUCUUCAGCUUCAUCCUCAUCGUCAUCCUCUUCUUUGAGCAGAGCUAAUGUUUCAUCUGGGACCAAGAGAAGUGCUGAUUCUGUUGCUGCUGCUAAUGGUGCCAGGUACAGUCAGGUUGUGGGAUGGCCUCCUGUAAGAGCAUAUAGAAUGAAUAGCAUGGUCAGCCAAACAAAAUUACCAGUCACUGAAGUAUUCAACUCACUUAUUGGGAAAAGUAGAAACAGUAAUACUACAGAUGGAAAAGAAACUAACAAUGGCUGUGACAAGAGCAAUGUUAAUGCUAAAGUGAAGGGACACUCAAGAAGCUCUCUGUUUGUGAAGGUGAAUAUGGAUGGAACUCCUAUUGGAAGGAAGGUUGAUCUGAGUGCACACAGUUGCUAUGCAACCUUGACACAAAAACUGGAGGAUAUGUUUCAGACAUCAUCUACAAUGAUGAAUUCAAUACGAUCAAGCGGAGAGGAACAUGACAUGAUGGUAGAAGCAACAAGACGAUCAAGAUUGCUGGAUGGAUCUUCUGAAUUUGUGCUCACAUACGAAGACAGAGAGGGUGACUGGAUGCUUGUUGGAGAUGUUCCUUGGGGGAUGUUCAUUAGCUCCGUGAGGAGGCUAAGAAUUAUGAGGACAUCUGAAGCUAAUGGACUUGGUAAGUAGAGACUGCAAUCAACAAUAAGGUUGACAUUUGGAAGCUGCACUUUCACUUGAUACCAUCCUGUUAAAAUAAACUCUUAACGCAGCUCAAAGGUCAGAGGAAACGAAUGGGAGGCAAAGAACCAAGCCCAUCUAGACCUGGUUUUGGAAACUUCAGCAACAAGCGAGAUUUGGCUUGAAACUCGAAAGUGAUAUAACAAAAGAGAGAGGAUACUGCGUAGUAAAAGCGUUUUGAAAAGUAAUGGUUUGUCCACGGCUCCUGUUCGUUUUGGUUUGCUCUUUAUCAAAUAUGUAUAUGCAUAAUUUUUUUUAUUCAAUAUUUUACCGUUAUAUAUACACAUGCACAGUUCAGUAAAAUAUUGCUUGUUUGUGCUGUCAA